AUGCGAGGCCUGCUGGGCAGCAGCUGGAGGAAGUUUGGGCAUGCUGGCAGGGGCACCUACGAGUGGCUGACGAGCGAACCGAGCCUACCUCUUCAGGAAACCCAGCUGCAGGGCACCCAGCAGAUCAGUUCCAGCAAAGAUGACGUGGAGCCCUUCCUGUGCAUCCUGCUGCCGGCCACCAUCGUGCUGUUCUUGGCCUUCCUGCUGCUCUUCCUGCACCGCCUGUGCCGGGUGCCGCGGCCGCAGGGCCAGGUCUUCACCAUCGACCUGGCCGAGCACCCGCCCGCUGGGGAGGACGCGGACCUCCUGCCCGGCUUGCCCUGGAGCGGGGAGCAGGACUUCCCCUACUCGCCCCUGCCCAUGGAGGCGGCCCCCCUGUCCGCGGGCCUGCCCCCCUCCUACGAGGAGGCCACCAGGGACCCCCCUGGGGAAGAGGCCCCGGGUGUGGGCCUUCGGGAGGCAGAGGGGCGGCCCGGGCUGCAGGAGCCCGUGUAG